UUAAAAAGUCUUGAAGUUGGGACAAGAAAAUAAAACGUAAACAUAAAAACAUGCGCAUCAGCACAGAGCCGAUAGAACAGCACACUACACAGAAAGAAAGAAAGAAGUUCAAUUUACAAAAACGCCCAAUUCCAAUAAACUGAUACGCGAGGCGAGACCCGUUUUCCCCCAAACUGGGUCUCUGACUCACCGUAGAGGCGUAGACUCGUUUGACUCUUCCUUCUAACUCUACCACCGCCACCACCAUCACCAACCUGACCUCAGUGGCUGCGUCCGUAGGAGAUGGCGGCCGUGGCGUCGUCGGAGCAGCAGCAACAGCAUCACCAAGAAAAGCGAAUCGAGGACGAACUCUCGUACCCGAUCAUGGUGGCGGAGCGUGUUCGCGCGGCGGCUGACGAGGCUGACUCGUUCAAGACCGAGUGCUCCGACGUCUGGAAGCAGGUCGACCGUCUCCUCCAGAUGCUCCGCUCACUCGUCCGCUUCGCCACCUCCGCCGCCUCCUCCCCAGGUGGUCUCCCUCUCUACGAGCGCCCCGUUCGCCGUGUCGCCAGCGAAGCCUCCAAGAACCUCGACCGCGCUCUCUCCCUGGUCCGCAAGUGCAAGCGCCGCUCCAUCCUCCGCCGCGUCGUCACCAUCGUCUCCGCCGCAGACUUCCGCAAGGUCCUCUCCUACCUCGAAGCUUCCAUCGGCGACAUGCGCUGGCUGCUCUCCAUCCUCGACGCCGACGGCUCCGCGGCGGCCGCAGGCGGAGGUGGCGGCAUCGUCCUCUCGCUCCCUCCGAUCGCCAGCAACGACCCCAUUCUGUCUUGGGUAUGGUCUUUCAUUGCUAGUGUUCAAAUGGGUCAAUUGAACGAUAGGGUAGAAGCCGCUAAUGAACUUGCCUCGCUUGCGAAUGAUAACGAUAGGAACAAGAAGAUCAUUGUUGAGGAAGGUGGGGUUCCACCUUUGUUGAAGCUCUUGAAAGAGAGUUCUUCUCCGGUUGCGCAAAUUGCUGCGGCUAGCGCCUUGUGUAACUUGGCUAAUGAUUUGGAGAGGGUUAGGGUCAUUGUGAGUGAGCUUGGUGUCCCUAUUGUUGUGCAGGUUCUUGCUGAUUCUCCCAUGAAGGUGCAGAUACGGGUUGCCCAAUUGGUUGCCCGGAUGGCCGAGCAUGACCCUGUUGCACAGGAGGAUUUCGCCCGGGAGAAUGCCAUUAGGCCUCUUGUUACACUGUUGUCCUUUGAUACAUUUGUUGAUGAUCCUAUGGGCCAAUUGGGCCGUCAGAGCAUUCAUUCCAUUGUUCAGAUUAAUAGGGAAUUCGGGAAGAAGACGGCUAUGAUGGGUAGGUCUGGUAAUCGGCCGUUGACGAAUUCUUUCUCAAGUUUUUCACAUUCAGAGGGCAGUAGCAGAGGAGGAAAUCACAGGAAAGACAGGGAGAAUGAGGAUCCUGCUGUAAAGCUUCAGCUAAAGGUUAGUUGCGCUGAAGCCUUGUGGAUGCUUGCGAGAGGAAGUGUGACCAAUAGUAGGAAGAUAACCGAAACCAAAGGGAUGCUUUGUUUGGCUAAGCUUGUUGAGAAGGAACAGGGGGAGCUGCAGUACAAUUGCUUGAUGACGAUUAUGGAGAUAACAGCUGCAGCCGAGUCCAAUGCUGAUCUUCGCCGUGCAGCGUUCAAGACCAACUCUCCUGCUGCUAAAGCUGUGGUGGAACAACUCUUGAGGAUAAUUAAGGAGGUGGACAACCCGUCCUUGCGAAUUCCAGCCAUAAAGUCAAUUGGUUCAUUAGCCAGGACAUUUCCUGCUAGAGAGACUAGAGUAAUCGGUCCCCUAGUAGCACAGCUGAGUCAUAAAAACACAGAUGUUGCGGCUGAAGCAGCCAUUGCUCUUAACAAGUUUGCUUGUCCAGAUAAUUUUCUACAUGUGGAGCAUUCGAAGGCCAUAAUUGAAUUCAAUGGAGUCCCGGCACUAAUGAGACUGCUAAGGGCCAAUGAAAUUACACAGUUGCAUGGGUUAAUUCUCCUAUGCUACCUUGCACUACAUGCUGGUAACAGCGAAUCGUUGGAACAAGCGAGGGUAUUGACGGCUCUGGAGGGUGCAGACAGAGCAGUUAUAGCACAGCAUCCUGAGUUAAGAGAAUUAGUGUCCAGAGCAUUAAUCCACCUCAGUCUGUAUCAUGCAGGGAUGAAUUCUCAAAGGAUAACAUAUUUGCCUUGACCACAGUCAGGAGCUAGUUUUCAACCCUGUCUAUUUAUGGGUUCACUGGUAUACUCUUUAGUUAGUUUGCAUCUGGUCAACUCUUUGGGUAAUAAGAGGGGGUUUUAAUUUAUAGAAACAAAAGCAUACUUAAGAAAAAUACAUUAGUUUUCAAGUUAGUCUCUUUUUUUCCCCUUUUGUGCAGAGAUUGAUUUAUAUUUUGGAUAAUUUAACUCUUUUUUAUCUUUUGCAUAUGAUUUUUCUGUAUAUUGUCCAUCAAAUUUGUUUUUCUCCGUUGCCUUUUGAUAGUGCAAUGUAUUAGACUAGGAUAAAA